UAAGAGGCACCAGCGACCCCAGUGUGCUGUGUCUAUAAGAAACCAUCUAAAAUUUUCCUAGAGGCAAACACCAAGCAUGUGCAAGCACCUCCAACAAGGAUGCAUCCUUUGAGGUUCUUAUGCACCUGCCACAGCCCUUACAGAAUGUUCCCCAGCCCUGGUUUACUCUUGCCCCUCCCCCGCUUCAGAAUGUUAAUGCCACAUUCUGGAGCUGUUUACUUUCAAACUUUUCUCAGCUGUGGCUGGCUCUCUUGAGCAUCCAUCACAUAUUGGCGACUCUCAGUGUGAUUUAUCUGAGUUUUCUCACCAUGGAUCCUAGCAGACAGGCAUGGUUACUGUCCAAGCCUGUAGGGAUAGCUUCAGAAGCAUCUUCAUUGGGACAGAACAUGGCUGUGAACCCCGGUGCAUCCAUGCCUACAUUUGCUACCCUGCCUGUUCUCCCACCUGCCCCCCAACCAGCACCCCAGUUAUUCUGGGAGCCUCCAGCACCCCUCAUGACUGCAGGCAUCUCUCCCAGGAAUCCUCUAGUGCUGUCUGCCUUGCCUGGGAUGUCUUUGGUGGCAGAAAAUGGAAGCACUGCCCUGGGGACAGCUGUACCUCUGAACAUUGUACAGGUUGGGACACCAGGCAGGCCUGUCCAGCCUGUGCACAAUGCCAACAUUGUCCUCACUCAGGUGCCCCUCAACUAUAAUGUCCCCGGGACCCAGGGUGGUGGUAUGGGGCACCCUGCUUCACUCAUCAUGACAACACCUGCCGCAAACACCUUCAUAAAUGCUCGGAUUGCUUCAGCCGUCCAGCCUCAAGAAGGAACGUGGGUCCUGGGCCCUCAUCCCCCGACCACACAGCCAGUCGUCCCGCUGGUUCCUGUCAGGUCCCCAGUGAACUCAGCACCACCCACAAAAGGAGCAUAUGGGGAGAGUGGUCCAGCCAAUGUCCAAACCAACUCCCCAGAAAACUACUUGUCCAAACCAGACAGCGUCUAUGGGAACUUCCGGCGCUGGCAGCAUAUCAAGACUCUGGUCCAGCGGCACCUGUCCCAGACUCCUGACGUGGCAGCUUUCUCCUGCUUCCUCAUUCCGGUGCUUCGGUCCCUGGCCCGGAGGAAGCCCACCAUGAAUGUGGAGGAGGGCCUGUGGAGGGGUCUGCAGGAAUGGCAGUGCACAAGCAAUUAUGACCGGAUGAUCUUCUUUGAGAUGGCGGAAAAGUUCACAGAAUUCGAAAGUGCAGAAGAGAUGGAGAAUUCAAGGCUGGAGAUGGAGAAUUCAAGGCUGGAGAUGAUGAGAGGUGUCCAGUGCCAAGUUCUUACAACCACAACAAGGCAAGAUCCUCCAAGGCCCCCAGCUCCUGAGUUGGUUGAGGAACCAGUGUGCCGCUCCAUGAAGGCUGUCCCCAAGACUGACCCUGCCCCCCUCCCAGUACUCAGACACCAGCAGUUACAAAAGACUGAGCCUCCCAUGGAAAUUCCACCUGAAGCUGUGCAGGAAUACAUGAAUAUCAUGGACUGGCUGGAGAGGCUUCCACAGUCAUUCACAGGAGAGCCCAAGGAGGAGGAAGAGGAGAGCAUUGGGCCGGAGCAGGAAGAAGAUGACUUGUACUCAGACACAGGGCUCCUGGACUACAUUGACGAGCUGUGCUCCCAGAAACAGUUCGUUGAGCAAGUGGAGGCCAUAAUAAACCCCCAAUUCGUGGCAGAAAUCCUAUCUUCCAAACCAGAGAUGGACAUACUGGCUCUAAUGAAGGAGCUGGAGUAUGAGGAAGAACUCACUGUCAAGCAGCUGCUGGAGAAGCACCUGGCUUUGAAGAAGGGAGGCUGUAAGAGGGCACCUCUGAACCCCGGUGCCCCUCAGAUACUUGCCAACGCUUCUGUACUGACUGACUGCCAAGGUGCAAAGAGAGAUGACCAUAGUCCCCAAAGAGGGGCCAGUGCACAGAAAUGUUCCUCACAGAUGGCUUCCUCAGACCAUCAGUGUCCUGGAGCCACCAAUGCGGAAAUGUGGGGGGCUAGGCCUACUGUCCUCCCAAGUAGUCAGUGUCUACCCUCAGUGGUAGACAUCGGAUCCACUGUUAUUCCCUGUGGCAGAGAAGCCCAUCCCCCAAACCUGGGGUCCAGAUGUGCGGUAAGCCUCAGAGGAGUUUCUGCUACUGAGGAGCCCUAUGACUCACUGGGCAGAGCCGCUGAGGACAAGGAGGAGCUCCCCAGCCUGGCCUUCCUCCUGUGUUCCCAGUACAGGCUGGUGCCGUGGAAACUGGCCGGCCAUUUGUGCCCCUAUGCGGGUCUCUCUGACUCUGAUAGUAUCCCCAAACCCUCAUCUCCAAAGAUAAGGGGCCUCAGUCCUGAUGCAUCUCCAAUUGCCAAGUCCAAGAAGCGAGCUCUCAUUGGAGGCUCGACUCCGAUGGCUAAGAGAUCUAACUCAGGGCCUGGUUAUGCGAUGUUUGAAGGGCCAUUCCCAGCCCUGGAGCUUGCUCACCCCUUGCAGGCUCAGAAGAGGAAGUAUGAGUCACUAGGCACCCGGAAGAGGAAGAGGAAGAAGCGGCACUGAGCCACCAAUGUGAUGUCCCCUCAAAGCAGGCAGAGAUUUCACUCUGCCUCUAGCCUGCAGCCCCAGAGCAAAAAAAGAAAAAGAAGAAAAAAGAAAAGAAGACCAGCUCCUGCUCACCCAGGGCUGAUCAGCUGGUGCUAAGGGGGACACUGGAAGGUUAGAGGCACUGGGAAAUAAGGCAGGGGGGAGGGGUGGGAUGAGGAGUGGAGGGUAUUAUCACUUUAGAAGUUUGUAACUUACAGCGAGUAAAGGUAAUUUUGUUGAAAAUGG